UUUUUUUUUUUUUUCUAUCCUCCCAAAACAAGGUGACUGCAAAACUCCACUUCUCAAAACAUGUGAGUGGAGAAGAGGCAUGCAGACAGGACAAGAGAAGCUUGGCUGAACUUAUCUCACAUACACGUUGGGUUUCUGAAGCAGAGAUUGGGAGAAGUCCUUCCACAUGUGGCAGGAGGAACACUUGUGAUCUGCACUCAUUGGAGUUGAACCGUCAGCGCGAGGAGCGCCGGAACUUCUGGGAGAGCACCUGGUAGGACAGACUCAGCCAAUCACAAUGGACAAUAAAGGCAUGUAUCUCCAUACAUUUGACGAGAAAGAGAAUGGAUCCGUGUUCGAAGAGACCUUUGAUGGGAAAAACCUCUCCAAGAUGAACCUGUGUGAUGGAUGUCCUACGAAGGGCAGAAAACCAUCUCGCCGCUGCGGACAACUGGGCUCCAUAGCUGCCCUGAAGUACGCCGUUGUCGGCUUGUAUCUACUAGUCUUUCUCAUCCUUGUUGGAGUCUUCAUUUUGGCAGUUUCAAGACCGCAGAGUUCCCCGGAAGACUUGAAAGUACUAAUGAGCAACGUCAAUCGUCUAAACGAGAGCUUCCGAGACCUUCAGUUUAAACUAAUGCAACUGACAUUCAGAGGAGAUUUCAUGGAUCAUAUCUGGAAACUUCAGGAUCUUUUCCAGAAUCAUUCAGACUCUUUAUUUCAGCUGACAGAAUCCUUACAGAAGCUGGAACAUAACAUCAACGACGUCCAGAACAUGGCCAGCCAAACAGACACGUUUGCCUCCAAUCUCGGCGCCAACCUCAACCAGAUAAGCGAGGCGCACAAUUUAGAAAUGUACAAGUUGUCGACGGAAGUCAACGGUAGCCGAUACGUCUGGAACCACCAUGACGCCAUGUUGAAGGGGCUGUCGACCAAAGUUGAAGGACUUAGUGAGCAAAUCAGUGAUAUGCUUGGAACAUUUAAUGGCCUCAAUGGAACUUUCUCCUAUGACAUAGGAAUCCACCAUACCAGGAUACAAGAGCUUCAGAGUCUUAUAAGCAAUGUUACAGAAGACACCAGGCACAUGAGACUCCUACAUAUUGUCAUGGAGCAACAACUCAAACAUGAAAUGGCUCUCAUAAAUAACGUAACAGAAGAUCUACGCCUUAAAGACUGGGAGCACUCAAUAGCCUUGAAAAAUAUCUCCGUAAUCCAAGGUCCUCCUGGUCCAAAAGGAGAACAAGGUCAUGAAGGAAUGGAGGGUGUUCCCGGCGUUUCUGGAAUGCCUGGAUUAAGAGGUCUUCCAGGUGAAAGAGGUCUCCCGGGGCUUCCUGGACAAAAAGGUGACCAGGGUUACAUAGGACACCCAGGGCCCAUGGGACUUCGAGGACUUAAAGGUGACCGAGGACUAAAAGGAGAGAAAGGUGACAAAGGGGACAGAGGAGAAUUAGGAUCAGCAGAAGAAGGUGUGGUACGGCUUGUGAACGGCUCCGGUUCUCAUGAAGGCCGGGUGGAAGUGUAUCAUGAAAAGCGUUGGGGAACAGUCUGUGAUGACGGCUGGGAUAAGAAGGACGGGGAUGUGGUUUGCCGAAUGUUGGGGUACAAAGGAGCAGAAGAGGUCUAUAGGACGGCCAGGUUUGGACAAGGUGUGGGGCGUAUCUGGAUGGACGAUGUCGCUUGCAAGGGCACGGAGGAAUCAAUCCUGCAAUGCUUGUUCUCCAGCUGGGGCAAAACCAACUGCGGCCACGCUGAAGACGCCGGGGUGACGUGCAUCAAGCAGUGAGCCUAACGCACUGGGAGCCUGUCUCUGAAGACAUUUAAUCCAGGUGGCACACGGGACAAUAAAGGAGAACUCUGGCUAUGAUUAAUAUGACCAGUAAAGAUAUAUUGCGUCACCUUAUGUGCACUUAAAAAACGUGAGCUGCAGAUGUCCCUGUACUUGCAGAAUAGAUAUCAAAGCCUUUAUGGACGUGUGUCAGAAGGUAUUUUAAGGAAGAAAGGUGUCACAGGUAGGCUUUACUGCCCGCUAAAGCCCAACACACAUAUGGAGCAGAACUUUCAUUGCUCGUCUGCAAACAACUGACCCGGGUAAAUAAGUAUUCACAAAGCAUUUUUACUGGAUUUUGCGCUUUAUAUGGAGUUUUCCUUUUAAGAUGGCAAGUUGUGAUGGGACAGUUCACAGAGCAUCCUGGAGAUGAGAUGAUUGGAUGAGAUUUUGCUUGUUCGCCAUUGUCGCCAGAAGGAGGAAAUAUCAAUGUGCCAAGCUUCUACUUCCAUGUAUUGCAGGUGUUUACUCUGAUGCCAAAGAAAAACACUCAAGAGCCAUGUUAUAUUGACAAAUGCAUUUAAAAAGAAAAAAAAAAUAAUCAGCACAGAUAUAGUUUACAGGCAAGACCGCACACUAGUCUAUAUGAUAAAAGUUUAUUUUACUUUAUACUGUGCUUCUUUUUUUUCUACUUUUAUAUACAUUAGAUAUGGGAGAGCCACAGAGUGCUAGAUGCUCCAUAAGCUUUUUCCAAAGAGCCUUGCUGUAGAACAGAAGGGCUGCCGACGGCUGUCAGCCAAUGAAGAGCAGCUAUAUAAUGCGCAGUACUACAGCUUGAAGAGUGGAUGCUGUUGAGCCCCACAGAGGAUUCAGCAACUGAUUUUGUGAUGACUUGCUGUAAAAUAAAGUGUGAAGUAAAGGAUUUUUUUUUAAAUGA